AUGUCCAGUCCAGCCAAGACACGCAAACUCAACUCUGGCGCAAAGCAACCAUCUUCGGUGCCCAGCAGAGGUCUCGAAUACUUCUUUGCUAAACAAAAGCAGAACGGUGCUUCGAAGGAACCAUCUACUUCAGCAAAGGGGUCUAACUCUGAUGCUACUCAGCGAGGGCCGUCAGAAGAACAAUUGACCGAUGAGGAGCUUGCACGAAAGCUGCAGGCCGAAUGGGAUGCCGAGGCAAAGCUCUCGUCAACACCGAGGGAAACUAGUGUCCGCCCGCAGGAUGUGCCAGUGCCAGCAACAGGGUCCGUGGAAACAGUCACAGUUGAACCAACCAAGGAGGCAAAACCGCACACAUUAACCUCACCGCCCAAGGCUAACCAGCUGAAAGGAAAGAAUACAUUGUCACUCUCUUCCGCAGCCGCUACAGAGGACCAGACAUCAGCAUCUAUCCCUCUUGACAAGAGUCCGCUGACCUUCGACCCAACCAAGUACAUUCCCCAACUUCAGGAAUCAUGGGCCAAUGAUGGAGGAGAUGCGUCCUAUGCCCUCCUCACACGAUGCUUUCUCUUGGUUAGCAGCACCUCAAGCAGGAUCAAAAUCGUCGACACUCUGGUUAACUGCAUCCGAUUAUUGAUCGAGGGAGAUCCCUCGAGUUUGUUGCCCGCAGUAUGGCUCGCAACGAACGCCAUUUCCCCGCCGUAUGUUUCUAUGGAACUUGGUCUUGGCGGUUCUGCUAUUUCAAAGGCUCUCAAACAAGUGUGUGGCCUCGACAACAGGUCGCUAAAGACACUCUAUGAUAAACUGGGUGACCCGGGCGAUGUUGCAUUUGAGGCAAAGAAGAAACAGAGCUUUACUCUACGAAAGCCAAAACCGCUAACAAUCAAGGGGGUCUUCCGGUCACUGGUCAAAAUUUCAAAGACUCAGGGUCAGGGCAGUGGCGAUGUAAAGCAACGGAUUGUUGACAAGUUGCUCCAAGAUGCUCGCGGAGGUGAAGAAAGCAGAUAUGUCGUUAGGACACUAUGUCAACAUUUGCGCAUCGGAGCUGUCAAAACCACCAUGCUUAUCGCCCUGGCUCGAGCCUUUCUGCUCUCGAAACCUCCAGGCACGGACUUCCCAACAAAAGACCCAAGUCAACUGGCGAAGCUGAAGAAAGAGGAGCUUGCCGAAGUCUAUCUGAAGGCCGAAGAGAUAGUCAAGGCUUCAUUUGCCCGACACCCAGAUUACAACGACCUUGUACCAGUACUGCUCGAGAUUGGUGUGUGUGAGGAGUUAUUGGUGCGAUGCGGUCUAACACUUCACAUUCCCCUGCGGCCCAUGCUUGGUGGCAUCACCAGAGACUUGUCAGAGAUGCUCACUCGACUUCGAGGGCGGGACUUCGCAUGCGAGUACAAGUAUGACGGCCAGCGUGCCCAGAUUCACUGCGACGAGAAGGGUGUUGUCUCCAUAUUCUCUCGCCAUCUCGAACUCAUGACAGACAAGUACCCCGACCUGGUCACGCUCGUUCCCAAAAUCAGGGGCGAAGAUGUCCAGAGCUUCAUCAUGGAGGGCGAAGUGGUCGCCGUGGACCGGGCCACCGGCGAGCUGAAGAACUUCCAGACAUUGACGAACCGUGCCAGGAAAGACGUGGCAAUAGGCAGCAUCACCAUCGACGUGUGUCUGUUCGCCUUUGACCUCAUGUAUCUUAACGGACAACCGCUCCUCAACAGAUCAUUCCGAGAACGCCGCGACAUGUUACGUUCACUCUUUGUAGAGAUACCGCAUCACUUCACCUGGGUCAAAAGCAUCGAUGCGACGUCUCAGGACUCAGAAACCGUUCUCGAGUUCUUUAAGUCAGCCGUCGACAGCAAGUGUGAAGGUAUCAUGGUCAAGAUUCUCGACAACCUGUCCGAACUGGAAGCUCCCAUACCCGACGACUCUGCCAACUCAGAAGCCCUCGAAGAGCAGCAGCUCCCUAUCUCCACCAAUGCCACCCCAGCCCCAGCCUCUUCCAAAAAGCCACCCAAGGGAAAAUCCAAACCCAAACCCAAAACCACCGAGACCACAGCAUCCUCCGACACGCCCCCCAUUCCUGAAAAGAAACCACAAUCCUCCCGACGCAAACCCCUCCUAGCGACCUACGAGCCCGACAAGCGUCUCGACUCCUGGCUCAAAGUAAAAAAAGACUACAUCGGCACCUCCGCCGGCUUUUCAGACACGCUCGACCUGCUCCCCAUCGCCGCCUGGCACGGUUCCGGCCGCAAAGCCAAAUGGUGGUCCCCCAUCCUUCUGGCCGUGCGCAACGAAGAGACGGGAUCGCUGGAAGCAGUAUGCAAGUGCAUGAGCGGGUUCACCGACGCCUUCUAUAAGGCCAACCGGGAGUUUUACGAUAAAGACGGCUCGUUCAGUCCCGAUAACGAGCCGAACAAUGUUCAUGCGACGAAACCGGGGUUCGUCGAGUAUGCCGGCGGAAAUCCGGAUGUGUGGUUUGAGCCGCAGGAGGUGUGGGAGGUGGCGUUUGCGGACAUCACGAUUAGUCCGACGUAUACGGCGGCGAUUGGGCUGGUGAGGGAGGAUAAGGGGCUGAGUUUGAGGUUUCCGCGCUUCUUGAGGAAGAGAGAGGAUAAAGGGAUUGAGGAGGCGAGUACGAGUGAGUUUUUGGCGGGGUUGUGGAGGAAGCAGGAGGCGAAGGCACCCGCGCCGCUGCUGGUUGAGGGUGGAGGAGAAGAUGGUGAAGCGGGUUGGGACAAUGAGGAUGAGGAGGAAGAGGAUGGAGAAUAG